CUCCACAGAACUUACUGACUAAACUCCAGCUAAGUACACAACCAAAAGAAGUAAAAAAGAGACAAGAAAUCUAAGAAAUGGAAAAGACUAAUCACCACCCUGAGCACCAACAUCAAAAUCCUCCGGUUAAUCAUCAACCUCCUCCGGUGUUUUUUCCUCCACUCGGUGCAGCCAGGGGACCCUCCUUCCCCCCAAAUGAACAACUCGUCCAGCUCAACUACUGCAUCCACUCUAACCCCUCUUGGCCUCAAACUGUUUUGCUAGCAUUCCAGCACUACAUUGUGAUGCUUGGAAGUGUUGUUAUGAUCGCCACCAUACUUGUCCCUCGAAUGGGUGGAGGUCCGGGUGACAAAGCCCGGGUGAUUCAAUCGUUGCUGUUUAUGUCGGGAAUUAAUACCCUUCUUCAGACCUUUCUCGGGACAAGACUUCCUACGGUGAUGGGACCAUCAUUUGCUUAUGUCAUAUCAGUAUUCGGAAUUAUCAACGAUUUCUCUGAUAGCAACUUCUCGAGUGAGCACCAGAGGUUUCUUCAUUGCAUGAGAUCAAUUCAAGGAUCUCUCAUUGUUUCAUCCUUCAUCAACAUUAUACUUGGAUAUGGUAGGGUCUGGGCCAACCUUACAAGGCUUUUCAGUCCAGUUGUAAUUGUGCCAGUUGUUUGCGUGGUUGGUCUUGGCUUAUUUGGAAGAGGAUUCCCACAGCUUGCAAACUGUGUUGAGAUUGGCCUCCCCAUGCUAAUUUUGUUUAUCACUGUUUGUGGAUUUAAAGUUUAUUAAUUGGCCGAAUAAUGUUGGCUAGUUAAAUUGUUGUUUUAUCGAAAUUUUGCAAAUUAAUUGAUUAGUUUAAUUGUACC